UUGUUGACAACUCAAAGGCUUACACAGCGCCUCCCUCAACACAUCGCAAUGGUCCCCCAAGUGCACCGACUGCUACGACAAAACUCGCUCCUCUCUAUCCGGCCCAGAACGACAUCCAUCUCCCCAUCUACAUCCCUCCUCCGCCGGUCAGUGGCCACCGAAAAUAAGAUCCACCAGCCAGUCCAUCCAGAGCUCGACGAUAGCUUCAAGGACCUCAUCGAAAAUGGCAUGGCCAUGGGUAUGGGUUUGAAGGGGAAGGACAGGGUCUCAUUGCCGCGGAGAAUACUGGAGGAGCUGGAAUAUGCGGAUGUUCGAGAUUCAAACGGCGGCAUGGAGCUUGAGGGGUCCUUGAUUGAACUUUCAACACUUGGGGAUGGGCUUGUGAUAGAUGAGCCACCAUCAGACGUCAGGGCUAAAGCUGAGGAGAAGUAUGAUGCGUAUGGGAGGGAGGAACGGAGAAGUCCAGCAGCUGUUCUGGGCAGCAAGAGACUAGGUAUGGUCGUGCUUCCGGAGGAAAUGCGCGAUGGUAUCCAGAGACAAAUCAGCAUGCUCGACAACCCACGGGACCUACGGAAAUCAUACCUCUCAUUACCAGACAUGCCCCUCCCCGCCAACGCCCCCAAACCAAACCCCCGCGAAAAGACCUUCCGAACCCCCGAAGGCGAGCUCGCCAAAGCCUCUGCAAUUCUCCCCGGAGAGUACAGUACAGUCAAGAAUGUCUUGGAGGAGAUGGAGAGGCGGCUGGGCUCGGCGUGGACAAAGGGCGUGAAAGAAGGAGAGAUUCUCGAGUUCUCUCCGGGGCUUGGGUCUGGGUUGUGGGCAUCUCUGGAUACUUUUGGCGGACUUCAUUCGACUCGCCGGCUGUCAGAACAUGGCCAGCCGCCUUUGAAGUACCAAUUCGUACACCCGUCUCGGCACGGUCUUGAUCUGCUUCAGAAAAUCACCGAAGGUGCGUCCCCACUACCCAGAUACCCAAGGCAGUCAUUGAUAGCAACCCCUAAAGCGAUUCCCAAAGAGAGCGCCAACAUUCAAUACAACCGCAAACACUCCCCCACCUCCACCCCCUCCCUCAUCCUAUCCACAUUUCACCUCGCCUCCUUCCCCACCCCCCAAACCCAACAACUCUACCUCCGCCAACUCCUCUCUUUCGACUCUCCCUACAUCAUCAUCAUCGACCGCGCAACCCCCCAAGGGUGGGCUGCUAUCUCCAAAGCCCGGUCUUACAUUCUGCAACAGUCCACACCGGAAAAUCCUUUGCAUAUCGCUGCGCCUUGUCCGCAUGAUUCGAAAUGUCCUCUUCUCAAUACGAGAGAAGUUUGUGGCUAUACUCAACGCCUGCAACGACCGUCUUUCUUGCGAAAGACGAAACACUCUACUCGCGGGGAAGAACUGAAGGGGUACUGCUACCUCGUCGUCGCUAAAGGUGAACGACCCGUAGCCGGGGAAGUCCCCGAAAGUAUCAAAGCCGCUGGCCGAAUGGGCAAAGUCGGGAGAGAGGCCGCUGAGAAAGCACUCGCAAAGUCACAAGGAAGGGCGGUGCUGAGAGAGGUUGAAGGGCACGAAGCUAUUCUCGAGGUGGUUCCAGAGUACGAAGCGGCGCCAGAGCAGAAUGCCGCGGCUAAGGUGGACGAGGCAGAGUUGGAGAUGAGGUUGAGGAAGGAAGCGUAUAGCUGGCCGAGAUUGGUGGCUUCGCCCUUGAAGAGGAAGGGGCAUGUCACGAUGGAUGCUUGUACUGCUGAAGGUAAUAUUCAAAGAAUCACAUUCUCCAAAUCCCUCUCGAAACAAAGCUACCACGAUGCCCGUAAAGCCUCCUGGGGCGACCUUUUCCCUUACUCCCCCAAAGCCAAGCCUGUCAUACGCGACCGGGGCAUCAGGCGCCUGAACCAACCCGAGAACUCUGAGGAUAGCGAUGCUCUCAUCGCGGAGCUCCUGGAAGCCAAUGCUGAAGAGGAGAUGGACGAGAGGAGCAGCUUGGAAGAGCUGGAGGCGAUGGGAAUCAAGUUGCCUCAAGCGGAAAUUGUCCGGGAGACGCAGGGACCGUUUGCGAAAGGUCAGAGGCGAAGGUAUACCACGGCCAGCCAUCUUCGGCCGCUCUCCCGCCCUUCUGCCCCCUCGCAACGGCGCUCCAUGUCUGCUCGACCCGCCGCCUCCCCUCAGACUAUCCGAACCAAAAAGACUCUGGCGUCUCUUCUGACCCAGGCUCAAUCGGGCGAGCCCAUCACCUGUCUGACAGCGUACGACUACCCCACCGCCCUCCUAUCCCAGACAUGCGGCCUCGACAUGUGUCUUGUCGGCGACUCUCUCUCCCAAGUAUCUCUCGGACACGAAACGACCACAUCCGUCACUCUCGACGACAUCAUCCACCACGCUCGCGCCGUCGUCCGCGGAGCUAAAUCACCUUUCGUCUUUGCCGACAUGCCCUUCGGUUCCUUCGAAGCCUCUAUGGAGGAAGGUGUCCGGAAUGCUUUGCGUAUGAUCAAGGAAGCAGGCGUGGACGGUAUCAAGAUUGAAGGCGGUCUCGAGAUUGUCCCCCUCGUCCAGCGAUUGACGUCAAUCGGUAUCCCCGUCAUGCCUCAUAUCGGUCUUCAGCCCCAAAGAGCUGUCUCCCUCUCUGGCUAUCUCGUCCAAGGCCGCACUGCUGCGUCUGCUUACGAGACGAUUCAGACAGCGCGUGCUCUGGCAGAUGCGGGAGCAUUUGCUUUCCUUUUGGAGGCCAUGCCGAGGGAUCUGGGCAAGUUGAUCACAGAGGAGAUGGUGAAACGAGGGAUAUUUACUAUCGGAAUUGGGGCAGGGAAAGGGACGAGCGGUCAAGUUUUGGUGGUCACCGAUGUUCUUGGCAUCUAUGCCGACGAUCCCUUGGACUCUACACCUGCAGUGUCGCCGGAAACGACCACCGUACCAGCGUCUGCAGCAGAAAUGGUCAAGCCUGCCUUUGCGCCGCGGUUCGUCAGGCAGUACGGUAAUCUUGGGGCAGAGAUGCGGAGAGCAGUGAGAGGGUAUGUGGCUAGCGUGCGUGAUGGGAGCUUUCCGUCGACCAAGGAAAGCUAUGGGAUGAAGAAGGAGGAGUGGGAAGGGUUUUUGAGGUUGUUGGAGAUAGAGAAGGCGGAGAGGUGAGGAAAAUGUUCAAACAAGGGUCCAUCAGUAAUUCAUAAUGAGCAUCUCAAGCAUCAUCAAUCAUUUGUAACAUUACCAAACAAUGCAUUUUGACACCCACUCAUAUACCCAAAACAUGCUAGUAUGUGCGGUCCGUCAUUGUACAACAUCUUAAUUGU